UUCAAUUUUUAGAUGCAUUCAAUCUGACGGAUCAUAUCUUGCUGGAGACGCACAACACAAUCACUGACUGAGUCUCGCCGCUGCCUCAUUUCUGUUCUGUUCUCGUCACAGAUUGUGGUGAUUCUAUUAUGCGUUGGCUGGGUUCAAUUGAUGAGAGACAAUUGUGGGGAUGCUUGUUUCUGUCAAUUGGCUCUGUUUUCUUUGUUGGGUAUUUCUCUAUUGCUGUUCUUUGCAAGCUUUUCCCACCUUCACACAUUCCCCUCAUUUCUGCACUGCAAAAUGACUGGUACUACUGCUUCUUGGUGCCAUUGACUCUCCCUAUAAUUGUGGUUGCUGUGUACUUUCAUUGGCUCAGCAUGAAGCUGUUCAAGCAUGCUUAAUUAGCUUAACUUUGCCAGAUUUUGAAGGCAGAAAGAAAUACAUGUAUGCUGUUGGAGCAAGCAACAACUACCUAUGACAAUUGCUGCACUCCUCUCUCCUAAUCACCUCAAAAAGAGUUCAAGGAUUGGUGUUUGUGCAAAUCAUUUAGUAGUAUCCUGCCUUAAGAUGUUAAAUGUGAUUGCAUACCUGUCAAAGAUUAUUCAUGUUUAUUGUACUAUUGUACUAUGGAAAGUUAUGUAACAUCAUUCAGUCCUUCUGGCAGUAUAACUUGUUUUGGAGGCUCAUUUUUGUCUUAUUAAUCUUUCUUCAUAUCAAUGAUAUCUAUGUGAUUAGGUUUAUCGGUUUU